AUGUCUCUCAUAGCUCGCCGCUUCUCAGUCACAAACUUUCUAAUCGCCACAUCAGCACUCGGCUUUCAAGUCUUCGUCCUCUACCCAUGGCAUACCAAACUGGACGAUGACUUUGCGGCGCUAAGGCGGGAGAACCUGAAGCUCAUCCAGAGGCUGGAUGGAAAGUUCGCAGAGUCUAAAGGCUAG